GAGAGCGCUGGCCCAAUUUGCACCUCGUAAAUACCACCCGCGACGUAGCCGCAGCACCCGCGGCGCAGCCGGAGCACCUCUAAACGCUCCGCAGGCCUCCGCCCCCAAGUUUCACGCGCCGCCAGAGACCAUGCGCGUCAUUGCAGUCAUUGCGUCGGCAUCAGCCCUGCUGGCCCCCGCGCCCGCCCCGCGCCAGACCUGCCUCGCGGCGCGGAGCGGCAUCAAGACGGGCACGAUCAUGGCCGAGUUCGAGGCGCGGCAGCUCGCGGCCAUGGACCGCGACGAGCCGCCGCCCUUCUCCGCCGGCGACACGGUGAACGUCGCCUGCGAGAUCACGGAGGGCACGACGAAGCGCAUCCAGAACUACGCCGGCGUCGUCAUCAAGAGAAGUGGAGCGGGCCUGACCCAGACCUUCACGGUGCGCAAGAUGUCGUCGGGCAUCGGCGUCGAGCGGACGUUUCCCGUCUACGCGCCGUCGGUGACGAAGAUCGAGGUGUUAAGGCGCGGUUCCGUGAGACGGUCGAAGCUCUACUACCUGCGCCAGCUGACGGGCAAGUCCGCGCGCAUCAAGGAGAAGGUCCGCGGGCUGGCGUACGUCGAGCGCCAGGAGGCGGCGAUCGCCGAGAAGAAGGCAGCGGCGCUCCAGGCCGCCGCCGACGCGAAGGCCGCGGAGGAGGCGGCGGCCGCCGCGGCGAAGGCCGCGGAAGAGGCCGCGGCCAAGGCCGAGGAGGAGGCCGCGGCCGCCGCCGCCGCCGAGGCCGAGGCGGCCGCGGCCGCGGAGGCGGAGGCCGCCGCCGACGAGCCCGCCGAGGAGUGAGCCCGUCCUGUGUUGCCCCCCUACUAA